ACUCAUGAACCAAGCAUAGAAAAUCCCCAAAUCUCCAUGCUAAUUUGAAUCGACUCGUGCGCAAUUGGAUACCCGAUUCCGAACCCUAACUUUCCCAAUUGUACUUUAAGCAAGAACUAAGCAGCUUGUAUAGUAGUUUCUAUUUCCGUUCGCGGAAGGCGGAGGAUCAUAUACAUUCGUUUGGGUGCGUGUGAUGUGCGUAUGAAGGAGUGGCAGCGGGUAUAUAUAGAGAGAUUGGUGCAUGUCGGUCUCUGCGGAUCUCAAUCUCACUUGGGUGCUGCAAUUGAUAGCCACCGUAUUCUUGAUCGCCUUGGGACUGCUGCACCUUCUCAAGAACACAGCCUCCAAGUACUUCGUCGUCGACGCCAGCUUCGACUCCACCGCCGCCGCUCAUCACCGCAAGAUGGAGGUUUUGGACGACGGCUGCAUCGUCUGUCGCAGCCCAUCAUCCAAGCACUGCUCGCGUUGUAAGAUGGUCAAGUAUUGUUCUGAAACUUGCCAAAAAUCACAUUGGAACUCUGAGCACAAGUCAAAAUGCAAAGAUUCUAGAUCAACUUGCAAAGAUAAGUUAGUGCUGGCAACAUCUACACCGCGAAGGAGAAAAACUUCUGUAGUUUCAUUGGUACCUGCUAGUGGAAGCUCUAAGAUACUCAGCCAGUCAAGAAAGAUACUUUUCCCCUAUGAGGAAUUUGUGCAACUUUUCAACUGGGAUAAGCCAGGUUUUCCUCCUUGUGGACUUUUGAAUUGUGGAAACAGCUGCUUUGCCAAUGUGGUUUUACAGUGUCUUGUUUACACUAAGCCACUGAUUGCCUACAUACUGGAGAAGGGCCAUGCGAGAGAAUGUAAACGGAACGAUUGGUGCUUCUUUUGUGAAUUUGAACGCCAUGUUGAGAGGGCCCGCCAGAGUUCACAACCCUUUUCACCAAUCAACAUUCUUUCACGGUUGCCUAGUCUAGGUGGUAAUCUUGGCUAUGGAAAGCAGGAGGAUGCUCAUGAGUUCAUGAGGUUUGCUAUCGAUACAAUGCAGUUAGUUUGCCUUGAUGAAUUUGGUGGAGAAAAGGCAGUUCCUCCUAACUCGCAAGAGACCACUCUUAUUCAGCAUAUAUUUGGUGGUCAUCUUCAGUCUCAGGUCAUAUGUACACAAUGCCAAAACAUUUCAAAUCAGUAUGAAAAUAUGAUGGACCUAAAUGUGGAGAUUCAUGGUGAUGUUGGAUCUUUGGAGGAAUGUUUAGACCAGUUCACUGCUAAAGAGUCUCUUCAUGGCGAUAAUAUGUAUAAAUGUGACAGAUGCAAUGACUACGUUGGAGCAUGGAAGCGCCUUAUGAUCUGUCGGGCACCAAACAUCCUCACAAUUGCCUUAAAACGGUUUCAGAGGGGGAGGUUCGGAAAACUAAAUAAGAGGGUGACUUUUCCUGAGACUUUAGAUCUUCGCCCUUACACCAGUGAAUCAAGCGAGAGUGAUGAUGUUUACAGGCUUUAUGCUGUCAUCGUUCAUGUGGACAUGCUGAAUGCAUCCUUCUUUGGUCAUUACAUAUGCUAUAUCAAGGAUUUUUGUGGGCGAUGGUACAGAAUUGAUGAUUGUAAGGUUGCUAGUGUUGAUCUGGAUGAGGUGCUUUCACAGGGAGCGUAUAUGCUGUUGUAUAGCAGGAUUUCUGCUCGGCCAACAUCCUUAUACCCUGUUGAAAAUUUAAAGAAAGAGAAGCAGGAUGUAGUCAAAGUGGAAGAAGUGCAGCCAUGUCUGAACAAUCAUGUUGAAUCUGCUACCGCAGAAUCCAUUGAUCCUCUUCUUGAUUCUGGAUUAUUGUCAACCGGUAAAAGUUUGGACACAAAAACUGAUAUUGCUAAAGAGGAGGUAUGUCCUUUUGAGGUUUCUAUGGAAGAAAAGGUGGACUCUGAGGCAAGUCAAUCAGACACUAAGGAGUUUCAGGAGAAUGGAAGGUCCUUUGCGGCUGAAGAAACUGCUACCUCUGCUGAACGUGCUCAAAGUUUGGUUUCUUCGGCUCAACCAGUCAUUUCUGGAGUAGAUACUGAAGCUGGGAUAAACCAAGCAAGUUCCAAUGCUGAUCUGUUGAGAAAUCCAACCAAGGACAGUCAAACAGAUUCCCACGGCAAUGGUGAAAUACAGUGUGAUGUUUCUUCUUCCAUAUCAAGCCGUGGUGAGAUAGUAGAGAAUGGUGCUAACUCCACUGUAAAGCACGACGAUAAGGUGAAUCAUAGCAAUGGUGUUCAUGGCAUUCAAGAUGGGCUCAAUAAAUCUGAUGGAGGACGUGAGAAACUAAAGCCACUUUUCUCUCCUGGAUUUCUUGGUAAGCGUCCUCGGAAUAAAUGUGUCAAGCAAGAUGCCAAAGUUGCAGAUGAGGUUUCAAAACUGACAUUACAUGGUGGCCCAAAUGGUCAAAGUAAUGGCUGUCUGAACAAUCACGAGGAAAAGCCUUGCAUAGAGAACAAUAGCUCGACUAUUAUAGUAAACAAACAAGAUGGGAAUGGUCAUCUACAAUCCAGAGAAUUGAGCAGCCUUUGUAAUGAAGAUUCGGGUUUACCUCAAAGAUCAUAGGAGAGGAGCAUUAGCACCGACAUGUCAGUGAAACGUCUAAGAUAGUGCCGUGAUUGUGAAUAAUUUGCACUAGAACUUCGAAGGGCAGGCAGGGAGAAGCAAGCUUCUUUCAGUGGCUUCCGAGAGGAUCCAACCGUUUACUUGUGUGAUUUCCAUAGCAAGGAUUAAUCAAAUCGAAUUCGUCAGAGGAGCCAAGUAUUUAUCUACAUAGUUAUUCAAAAUUUUUACAGCACAGCUUGUAGGUUGGCGAAUUGUCUGACCAGUGGACAGGACAUAUCAGACACUGAUCUUAUUUUUGAAGGUUUUGGAGAUCCAACUUCAAUGGAGGUAUAAAAUAAGCAACAGCUUUCUUUGAUUAGUUAAAAUGAUUUGAUGAAUCCCAUAGCCACAAAUCGGAUGUCCUGGGAUUUUUAUCCAUAUUGUUUUUUCUUUUCCACGGUUUCAAUAUUUAAGAAAUCAUGGAUGUAAAUGGCCAAGACAUAGUCAUCCUUAGCUUCCGAUUACAUUAAUUGUGAAAUCUAUUUUCAUUUGGCUUUUGAAAGCUGGUUAAUGGUUA